AUGCAGGGUGAGCGCGGCUUUUAUUUCCUUUGGCUUUACGUAACGUGCAUGAGAAGCCCUCUCGGUCUUUCCCCUCAUUUCCCUUCCGCCUAUUUUAGUGGGAUGGAUGAGUACUGAAGUUAUGUCGUUCUUGUUUGAUCAGUAUAAUAUACUCGAUGAACGCCAGAGUAACAAACUGUUCACAUAUUCAUUGGGUAUAUCGCAGCUACUCGGAGUAUGUGUGGUGAUGACGGUCGUCCUUUGGAUGGGCGGUUAUAAUGAAGGUGGGUACUCUUGGGCAACCGAUCCCGAACGCCAAUUCCAUUAUCACCCUACUUUUAUGGCCAUGGGUCUCGUUUUCCUUUAUGGCGAGGCUAUUCUGGUUUAUCGAGUGUUUAGAAAAGAGAGGAAGAGGUAAGUAAAUUGGUCUAUUAAGGAAAACAUCGGCUCUAGAUUCACGAAGUUGCUGCACUUGACGCUUCACAUUCUUGUCUUUAUAUUUACGGUGAUUUCUUUGCGCGCAGUAUGGGAUUCCCACGAUUAUCAUAAGGAUCCGCAGGGGAAUCUUGCGCCGAUUCCCAAUCUUUAUUCUCUCCAUUCGUGGAUUGGAUUGAGUACUGUCAUCUUCUAUUGUAUCCAAUUUGUUCUUGGGUUUGCGACUUUCUUUUUCCCGGGGUUUGCUCCAGAAGUUCGUCGAUUCGUGCUCCCAUUCCAUCAAUUGUUUGGGUUGAUGAUAUUUAUUGCUGUAGGUGUUGUAGCACUUGCUGGUAUCAGCGAGAGAGCAGCAUGGAAACAUACGUAAGUGUGUUUUUCCGAAGAUUUUAAUUAUCAGAUGCUGGACAAAGGAAGGCGAGUUUUGUGGCCAACAAGCCAUGUCUAAUUUCUUUGGACUAUUCAUUAUUGGUUAUGUCGCAACAGUUGUAUUUAUUGUGGCAAAUCCAAGAUGGAAACGGCAGCCAUUGCCGGAAGAAGAGAUGUUACAAAGGCUUACGCCUGACUAA